ACUAGCACUCGUGCAUCCAUCCCGACUAGUGCUACUUCCCCUACCCCGCCUGGCAUUCCAGAGCCACAGCAACGGACCACAGAGGUGAUACCAAGAUGGCCGCAAACGCCGAGUCUUCCUUUCGCUCGCAGCUCGCCGGCUUCAGAUGGGCCCAGGGAGUCACAGACGACUCGCUACCAGCAGCUUCAGCCGCCCCUGCCGCCGGAACCUCCUCCUACUUCUCCUCUCUCUCCUCCUACGUUCCGCUCCGCUCUAACAAUCGGUCCAAUGAAGAAGAAGCUUAUCUCUCCCUUUCACGGUGGGAGAGGUUCCUGGGUUUCUUGGCCUGUCUGGCGGGCUCUGGCGUGUGCUUCUUGUUCAGUUUCCUGUUCCUGCUGAGCCCAAUUCCUCGGCUGAGGAAGUUUGCAUUGGCUUUCUCGAUGGGGAGCAUGCUGUUCAUGGUUGGAUUCUCGAUACUCUCCGGUCCUAUCGCACAUCUCAAACAUAUGUUCUCAGCUCCUCGACUACCUUUCACAAUAGCCUACUUGUCAUCCCUUGCACUGACUCUGUACUUUGCGCUGGGACCGCGGACAACUCUACCGACACUGAUUUCGGGGGCAGUUCAGGUCGUAGCGCUCGUGACCUAUCUGGCUGCCUAUUUCCCCGGUGGUGUGACGACGCUGAGGUAUGGUGGCAGUAUGGCCGCAAGGGGAUUGGGAUCGUUACUACCCAUUUGAGCCGUGCAUGCCUGUACAAGACCCGUCGGCAAAGUCAUCAUUUCGCACAUUGCAAUCGUCGUGGCCGCACUGGUGUUUACCAUGGCCUGAGAGACAUCCUCCAUCAGGAACAUACCCCAUCACCCUCCAAAGAUGCCCUCUGCCGUUGCCCAGAUCCCGCCGCCGCCCGUUUGAUGCCGAGUUAGAAGAGCUACUUCCUCCACCGCUCCAAAGUCUGCUCGACUUUGAGAUCUUCCGAGGCAAGAAGUGAGUCUCCGACUUUACCAUCCCCAACAAUCACAGAAUCAGCAAAGUCUACAAGCCAGACGUGAGGCUUGACAGCAGUCCUGAGGUGGUCAAGAGGAGAUUGAGAUGCCGGUGCCUCCAACGUAAGU